AUGGAACAAGGAAAUAAAACAAAAGUUUCAGAGUUUCUUCUGCUGGGAUUUUCAGAGGACCCAGAACUACAGCCCCUCAUCUUUGGGCUUUUCCUCUCCAUGUACCUGGUCACUGUGCUGGGGAAUCUACUCAUCAUCCUGGCCAGCAUCUCAGACUCUCACCUGCACAUGCCCAUGUACUUCUUCCUCUCCAACCUGUCCUUUGUGGACAUCUGCUUCACCUCUACGAGCAUCCCAAAGAUGCUGGUGAACAUCCAGACACAGAGCAAAGCCAUUACCUACACAGGCUGCAUCACCCAGAUGUGCUUCUUCUUGUUUUUUAUAGAGUUGGACAACUUCCUCCUGACUGUCAUGGCCUACGACAGAUAUGUGGCCAUCUGUCACCCUCUGCACUACACUGCCAUCAUGAAUUCUCAGCUCUGUGGUUUGCUGGUUCUAGUGUCCUGGAUUCUGAGUCUCCUGCAUGCCUUGUUAGAAAGCUUAAUGGUAUUGCAACUGUCCUUCUGCACAAACCUAGAAAUCCCCCACUUUUUCUGUGAGCUCAACCAGGUGGUCCAACUUGCCUGUUCUGACACCUUCCUUAAUGACAUGGUGAUGUAUAUUGCAUCUGUGUUGCUGGCAGGUGGCCCCAUCGCUGGCAUUCUUUACUCCUACUCCAGGAUAGUGUCCUCCAUCCAUAAAAUCUCAUCAACUCAGGGUAAAUACAAAGCUUUCUCCACCUGUGCAUCUCACCUCUCCGUGGUCUCCUUAUUUUAUUGCACAGGACUUGGUGUGUACCUCAGUUCUGAUGUAACCCACAGCUCACACUCCAGUGCCACAGCCUCUGUGAUGUACACUGUUGUCACCCCCAUGCUGAACCCCUUCAUCUACAGUCUGAGGAAUAAUGAUGUAAAGAGAGCCCUGAGAAGGCUCUUAUGGAUAAGGAAAGUUUGA